CAAGCCAAGGGAUCAUUAACGUAUUUCUGCUAUGUGUACCCAAUCGGGAGACAUCGCCGUGAGAUACCGAAGCUUUUGUCAAGCAAUGAGUACGCCGGACUAUACUACGCGAGUGCAUACAGACUGCUGUCCUUCCGCCUUUGAUACGUGCGUCAACGACAUUCCCCUGUGAAGUUAAGGAGUGAGCCAUGUUGACGUACAGAGGAGGCGGCGGGAGCAGACGACCGUCCUCUUCUGCUUCGUCGCUUGACACAAAGUCAUGGCUCUCCUCCCUUGUGGUCCGCUGGUCCCCUAUCCACAGGUCCGUGUCACUACGCUGUGUCUUCGCCCUUCUCGCUGUUCCCAUCGGGGUGAUCGGCCUUCUAGUGGUGCGCCUGAUGCACGGGAUCGCCGUACGGAUCUGCAUUGCCCUCCUCUCCAUCCUUCCUAAGGGGUGCCCAGGUUUGACGUACAGCAGCGACCAUGUCAGCUGUUCACCAGCAAGUCGCCUGUUCGUGUUUCAAGUGGACAGAGGCAAGGACGUGUCCGACGUCCUCGAGUCACUCAUUGCGCAAGACGGUCGCUUUCGAAUGAAGCUUGUAUACAGUCAUUUAGGCAGUAACGUGUGGAAGGAAUGCGACGAUUCUUGGAACUUUCGAGAUCACGUUCGACAAGCACCAUCACCAGACGUUCUCCUCGUUGAGCAUUCCAUCAGAGACAUUCUGUCGGCCCCACUUUCCCCCGACCUUCCACCGUGGAGGGCCGUACGAUGCUGCGAGGGGCACAUUCUGGUGAUCUGCGUCCACAGGUCCUUGGCGGAUGCCAUGAAGAAGUGCGACGAUCUAGAACCGUGCCUCUACACUCCGAAGAAAGAAAUCGAUCCACUGGUCCUCCUUUCGCGCAAGCUGGAAGGAUGGAUACACGCGUGGUUUUCCAACCCUACACUGGUGCUUCAUCGUGUUCGAAGCCAGUUUGGUCGAGACACCACCCUGAAGGAGUUUAACGUGGCAUCUACCCGUAUCAUCCCGACCAGCUUCAUUGAGGCAUUGUCUGUUCGAAGUGAAAGAUCACGUGACGACGUCCUGCUGUCUUGCGUAGCCGGUGCGCUUCGGCGAUCAUUUCAGCAUCUUCGUGGAUCGUUGCCACAAGACGCUAUUGCGGGAACCUUCACCAACAAACUCGUGGACAAGGCUCUUCUUUUCCCCCUCUGGAACGCGGAUCCUGUGACGAGGCUGAGGCGCAUGACAGCUGCGUCGAAAGACCCACUACAACUCGAGUGUCACAUCUCAGUGACGUGCACGCUAGGUGCAGGGUGGAGGCUACCAGGCUGCGAAAUACUGAAGUCAUUGCAUGAUUGGACAUUGGACCCGUCAGGGGUGCACGUCCACAUCAAUGAGACCAAAGAAGGACUCCAUGUGGAUGUUGCCUGCCUCAAAGACUUCCUGGAGAGACCAGACCUCUUGGCAGUAGCCUUCGAACGAGAAGUUCAGGACAUGGCUAUGGCUGUCGGCCUUCACAGACGGCAGGUUGCUGGGACGUCCCUGACAACGUCAGCGUUGAACUCACAGCUCAUUGAACACGACUUCUGGAGCACCAAGAUUCAACAUGUGUGCGAGAUCCAGCGAAAGUUAGCAAGCCUGGUGUUUCCUUUGCAGUGAGACUGCAAGUGUACAAUCGUUGGACGCUGUGUAGACCGGGCUCGCUACGGGUCCGGGUCCAGAAGUCGUUACGUGCUUGUAACGGAACAGAAGACUAGUCGGAACAUUGAAAGGCUCAGGGAGAUCAUCUCUUGGUGAUCCAUUCGCAUUGCAAAUAGUUGCCAUCAUCUUGUUUCACGCGUUAGACUUUUCCCAGCGGGGAACAUCGAAAGGGUUUUAUGACUCUGCUGUAGGCUGCAGUGCUCUAUACUUGUUUCCUAUUCACUACAAUUGACCCUAUUUGUCGGUGCUUUUAGCAUUUAUCGGCCGUUAUGCCCGCUUUAUCAGAAAGGAGUUCAUCCUUUAGGAGGGAGGGGGUAGUAACAUCGGGUUGGGUUGGGUUAGCUGUUAAAGCUUUAGCUUUUAAACUUCAUCAUCCUCUCUCUCGUAAGAAAUUUGACGUCAGUUUCCCGGCAUGGCAGUGACACUGUUUUCAAAUUCAGUAGGGCGCUGAACGGAUUGUGCAUGUUCAGCUGGUGGCGCUAAUGGUUCAGCUAACUGAAAUAUCACUAUGUUUAUAAGUCUCAAACGUCGCCACACCAGCACUGGACAGCUGUUUCGGCCUUAUUUGGCCCACCUACGCAUUGCUGAUGAUGACCCCAUAGGGCCGAAACAGCUGUCCAGUGCUGAUGUGGCGACGUUUGGGACUUAUAUAUGUUCAACGUGCAGCCAAAGAGUGUCUGCUACUUUUCUUCCUGAAUAUCACUAGUGUGUUUUGUAGUUUAUUCUGGCUUCUUAAAAAAAAGACGAAAGGAAAGAACUAAUAUUGAAAACGGAAAGGACAAUGCAACAAAUACUUUUGUUGCCCUUGAUUAAUAUGUUUCAAUUGCAGCUGGUUAAGAACUGGUCCCCAGCAUUUAACAAGGUCCGAUCCUCGACUGGUAUGCAUUGUGUGUUACAACAUCUCCCAUCGUGUUGGUAUUCGGUUCAUAAUCUUUCAUGCAGAGCUUACCCUCAACAACACUGACUUAAAUGUAAAACACGUUUUACGCAACGAAUAAGUUUUCAGAGCUCAGUAUCUAGCGAGGCUAAAAAUAAGAUAAAAUAAAGAACGACAGGCAGUGAAGUGCUAAAAUGACCAUACACAACAAUAGGAAACGCGCCAUUGUUUGUAAACGUUUUAUUUACAAAUAAAUACCAUAUAUAAAUAACA